GGCAGCCCCACAAUGAGCGAAUAGCUUUGAGAUACUCAGAUACUGGCGCUCAGUGUGGAUUCGUCUUUUGGCCCAUUCGGAUGUGGCCACCGCGCGCGCCUUGUCCGCUGGCAGUUUUAUUAUUAUUGUUGUUAUUAUUUGGGCCCUAACUCUUGCUCGCUGCGCUUGCCCUUUCGUUUUCGUUACUCGGUUACUCGGUUACUCGGUUUUCGGUUGUCAGUUGUCAGUUGGCUGUUGGCUGUCGGUUAUUGUCGCGUUGUGUUUGUGCAUCCGUCUUGUUAUAAUUGUUGUUGUUGUGUUCCAGUUGCAGUUUGUGGGAGGUUAGUUGAGUUGUUGGAUAAUGCGCGGCUCCAAAGUGUACGCAAAUUGCAAAAGCAAUACCUAUACUACCAUCCUUACCCCAUCAGCGACAUCACCCCCAUUGAGAAACAUAGAUCCAAGAACUGCAAUGCCCCCCAUGCCCAUGCCCCACUCUGUGUGCGUCGUGUCUGCAAGUGUAUGUGUGAGUGUGAGAGAGCGAGUGAGCUAUGUAUGUAUGUGUGUGUUAGAAUGCACCUUGUGGUAUUUUGAAAUCUAAAAUUGCCAAACACCUAGCGCGUUUCUUUUUUUUCGUUCGAGAGCAUUGCAAAAGACUCCAGCUGUGCUAAUGCUGAGCCAAAAACGACCUGAAACUGAAAAAAAGACAAAAAACAAAGGCUAGAAAAGAUACAAACUGAAAGAAGAAAAAAAAAAGAACUGAAACUGAAAAUUCAGAAGCCAAGGCUGUCUCUCUAUUUUAGCGGUGUAUAUGAUUGCAUUGCAGAUGGCCGAAACGAUCAGCACAGCGGCCAGCGGAAUGGAGCUGGCCCUGAAGGACCCCAGCCCCACGGUGGGCGGGGGCAUCAUCGUGGAUAUGACGCCCACUGCGGCGGCUCUGUUGCAUCACAACGCCAUGGCGCUGCGCAGCCUGAAGGAGGCUGCCAGCUCGGCCUCCGCCUCGGAAUCGGAGCUCCAGGAGCCGCGCUCCCCAACUCCCACGCCCACGAAUCUCAGCACCGCCCCUCACUCGCCGCCCAUGACAUUUCGCUGCGAGCGAUGCGACAGUUUCGAGACCAGCUCCCGUGCCUCCCUGCUCCUUCAUGUGGUGCAAUGCCUGGCCGGUCAGGCGGCAGCUGCUGCUGCGGCUGCGGCGGCCACGGCGCGUCUCAAGUCGGAGGAUCUGCAGGAGCCGGAGAACAUGAGCUUGGGUCACAUGGAAGGUGGUGGCGGCGGCAAGGGAGAUCGCGAUAAUCAGUCCGGAAAUGGUAAUGGCUCCAGCUCCUCGGCCAGCUCGUCGCCGGCCGGAAACAGUGGCAGUGGCAGCAGUUCCCGCAAAGUGUUCGAGUGCGACGUGUGCAACAUGAAGUUCUCCAACGGAGCCAACAUGCGGCGCCACAAGAUGCGACACACGGGCGUCAAGCCGUACGAGUGCCGGGUGUGCCAGAAGCGGUUCUUCCGCAAGGAUCACCUGGCGGAGCACUUCACCACGCACACCAAGACGCUGCCCUACCACUGCCCCAUCUGCAAUCGGGGCUUCCAGCGACAGAUCGCGAUGCGGGCCCACUUCCAGAACGAGCACGUGGGCCAGCACGACCUGGUGAAGACCUGCCCGCUCUGCAGCUACCGCGCCGGAUCGAUGAAGUCCCUGAGAAUUCACUUCUUCAAUCGACACGGCAUCGAUCUGGAUAAUCCGGGACCGGGUGGUACCUCUUCCCUGUUGCUGGCCCUCGAAUCACAGGCAUCGGCGGCGGCGGCAGCAGCAGCAGCCAGUUACGUGCCUCCAGGACUCAGUCCGGUGCCGGUGCAAUCUCAAUCCCAGCAGCAGCAACAGGCGCCGGUUGCACCGCCGGCCAGCGAUAGUGGGGAGUCGAUGCGAUCCCUGGAGAAUGCCACGCCUCCGAUGCACUUCCUCACGCCGCACGUAGAGAUCUCGACGCUGGGGGAGAGUGGCAAUACGGAGCUGUUCAAUUUGAUUUGCGUUUGGCGUGAAUCUGCAUUACAGGCCAACAACAACAAUAACAACAACAAUAGCAAUAACAACAACAACAACAACUGCAUUACCAACAACAAUAACAACAACAACAAUAGCAGUAACAACAACAACAACAACCACAACCAUAAUGGCAGCAGUAACAACUCCAUUAGCAAUGGAAAUGGAAGUGCCGAGUCCAAUGCCGAUAAGGUGAAAGAUCGAGCCCUGAUCAUGCAAUCGCCAGUGGAGCUGCCCAUGGAUUGCAACACAAAGGCCACGCCCAUCACAUCCAGCACCACGGCCAGCAGCCUGAGUGCUGGUUUAAAGAGCCACCAUCUCCACCAUCAUCAUCACCAUCACGAGAAUCACAUAACGCCUUCAAUCAGUCUGAUACCGAUUAAGCAGGAGCCCAUGUCUGAGGAUGUGGAUAAGAAGGACCUGAUGAAUGGCAGUGAUCCCAGCAGCGACUCCGAGCAGGCUUCCAACAAUAACAACAACAACAUCAACAGUUGCAACAACAACAGAAUCACCUCACUGAUUAAGGUCUCGCCACUUAAGUCGCUCCUGCGCGAAGAUCUAAAGCGUCGUAUCUGCGCCAAGGCCAACAACCGGAUUACCCGAAAUGCCACACCCCUGGAGAACAACAACAACACAGUGCUGUCCAAUAGCCUCAGUAACGGAUCCGGCAAUGGAUCGACCGGAGUUAAUGGCGGCAGUGCUGGUAGCGGAUCCGGAGGAACUGGACAACCCACACCGGCCACACCCAAUGCCAGCAACGGUCUCAAUUCGACGCCCAUCUGCAACGGGACGAUCACCUCGACCGGACAGGAUGGGGAUUUGUUGCUCAACCGGAAGCUGAUACUCACCUGCCACUUCUGCGGCAUCGAGUUCCCCGACGAGACACUGUACUUCCUGCACAAGGGCUGCCACUGCGACAGCAAUCCGUGGCGGUGCAACAUCUGUGGCGAGCAGCUCAACAACGUCUACGAGUUCAACUCUCACCUGCUGAGCAAGAGCCACCAAUAGCAGCCACAGUUGGCCGGCAAGUAGGCGGGAGCUUGCCGGCUCAGUAAGAGGAGGAUCAAGAUCAAGAUCAGGAUCGAAGUAGAGAUUUGGAUUCGGAUCCAAAUGAUUCGGAAUAUUUACUUAGCUCAAUUUUGAGAGAUUUUCCACAACCAGGCACACAGUUAAGCUCAGAGCAAAUUAUAUACUUACCAUCUAGUUCUACGAUUACACUUACGUCUACGUUACAUAUAUAUAUACAAAUAUAUAUGUAUAUAUAUACUUAUAUAUAGUUAGAGAUAACUCAUCAUAUUUUUAUGAUCUGCAUGCAGAGAGUAUGAAAAAUCAAAUGAGAGCUACGUAGUUACCUAAUCCCUUAAACGAAAGUCGGAACGGAAGAAAGUCUAAAGGUUUUUGCGCGAAAACGUUUAACGUUUCGAAAUUGUAUUGAGAUAUGAAGAAGGAAAAUCAAAACGAUAGGCGGAAAAGAAUGCAAUAUGGUUAUAUUAUAUAGCUUCCCGAAUGAAAAAAAACCCUGUUAUGUAGUCUUAUUAUGCCCUAGGUUUUAUAGUUAUAGUGUUUAAGUACUUGGCAAUAAUUUCCAGCCGGUUCAACUGGCCAGCAACGUUACACACAUAUGUAAGUCCGCUUAAGUCGGUUUAGUGCAUUAUAUAUACAUAAUUAUAUAUAUAGCUUCGGUUCGCCUUAAAGGUGGCACUUUAUGGUUUUCAACAUCCAAAAAAACACACACAUACUAUAUAUAUUUGAUUAUAUAAUGUAUAUGCCUAAAAGGGAUUCAUCGAAGGGCUUUAAAUUUGUUAUGUUUUCAGAGUUUAAUACGAGAGCAGCAAGUUUAAUUAUAGAAGCUACAUAUAUCUAUAUACAAGAAAAUGUUAAAUAUACAGGAUAUAUAUACGUACAUAGCCAGGUUACAUAAACACACACACACACACUCACUGUCACUCUUACACAGAUACAGAUACAUAGCAACAGAUACAAAUCCAGAUUCAGAUUCAGAUUCUUUUAGCUUAGCAAGAGGUUAACGAAUUUUGAAUUAAAUUAUUAUACUCGUACCUUUUAUAUAGCUCUUAGUUCGAAUAACUAAUCUAACACAGUAACAAAAAAGUAAAAGUUAAAAAAACACAUUUUCGAAUAAUCGCACAGUGCUGCUAGUAAGUUUGCAUACAACGGAAAAAAUUUCAAAAAAAAAAGAAAAUAAAAAAGCAGGAAAGCAGCUGCGGCAAAGCAUAGGAACAUUUUUUAAAAACAAGCAAGACAAAAAACAAAAAAUGCAAAAAUUACAAUUGUGAUACGAAAUUGUUGUAAAUAAUUGGUAAAUCGAAAUAUGAGUAACAUGAACUUUAUUAUUUUAGAGGAAUGGAAAGAAAAACUAUGCCUUAGAUGCCUAUGAUAUAGCAUUACAUAAGUACAUACAUAAAAAAAAAAAACAUACUGAUAUCUACUUCUAUACGAUACGAGCGAUCACUGUACAAACAACCAACUGGACAAAAAAAACUGUUGAUUAGUAUAGUUAACUUUAGUGUAAAUCAAAAUUUGCCACCCAAUCCCGUCCCCCGAUCCCGUCCUGUUUCCCAUCCUUGCCACUCCCCCCAGGCCCCAGGUUGUAUGCAGCCAGCAAGGCGCCACUGUGCGCCAAAAUUUUACUUCAGAUUAACAUCCGUCCAUGAUGUUCACAAAAAAAUAAAAAAAUUAAGAAUUAAAAAAAAAAUUUAGGGCUGAUAGCAAAUGAUGUAACACACACACUCUUAUGUAUAACCAUAAUGCUUAUGUAAACCAAGAGAAAAUUAUGUUUAGAUUCCCCGAUCUACCAUCUUCUUUGGUUGUUAUUGAUCUUUACUUAUAGAUAGAAUUAAUUUUUUAGUCGAAGGUUUUUGUUAAUCAUGUUUUUGUUGUUCAUCGUUAGCAGCACUUGCGCACAUUAUGUACAUUAUAUUUUUAUUAUAGACCUGCCCUCCCUCCCUCCUUCUACUUGUAGACAUUAUUAUGAAUCACCUUAUUAUUUUUUUCGCUCUUCUCUAGCCAAUUCACACGUGUAAAAAAUGGUUUGUUGUGUUCAAUUAAUAUAUAUAUUUAAUACUUAAUACUUUGUUAAUAAAACACUAGCAUCUAGCAUCCAAGUUGUUAAACAAAUCAAUCCAUUUUCGAAAUCAAAAGGCGUAUAACGUUGAAUGUAACAAUUGAGCAAUUUUUAGCUGAACUUUCAUGUUAAAUUUUAAUAGAUUUAAAACAAAAACUCGAUAGCAGAACAUAACAAAAAAAAAAAAAAAACAAAAGAAUAAGAAAAGAGAAAACACCAAAUGGAUUAAGAACAGAAACAAAACAUUUACUUAAUUAGUGAUUAUAAUUCUAGCUACAACAAAAAAGGCAUGUUAAUUUUUUAGAAAUAAAAAUGGUUUAAAACAACAAA